ACUCCUGACCUUUCCACUUCUGACCCCCCACCUUUCCUAACAUCUCUCAUGCUGGGAGACUUUAACCCUGGCUGAUGAAAGACUGACUGAAAGACUGAAAAAAAUAAAUAAUAAGCAAAUAAUGAGUCGACGUCGCUAACGGUGGACACAAACUGGCUGUCGUCAUGAGAACUGGGAAACUGAUUUUUUUUUUUGUCACUUUGUUACCAGGAGGAAAAAAUGGAACAUAAUCUCAUCACAAUGAAACAUAAAAAAAAACAUGAUAAAAAAAGAGAACACGUCUGUAUGAUUGGAAAAAAAAGAAGCCUUAUUUUAUAAUAAUUACGGCAAGUUAGUUGUUCUAUCGGAUGCAGUGAGUCACUUUGUGACGUGUGAUCAGGCGUGUGUGUGUGUGUGUGUGUGUGGACAUAUGUACAUAUUAACAGGUCUGUCUGUGUUUUAUACACAGAAACUGUGUAGCUCAUAGUAUAUUAUGAUUUAUGUUUUAUUUUUAUGGAUGAAAGAUUUUACAUCAUGCUGAUUUUUUUUUUUUUUUGAACAUAUCUAAUUACACGUGAUAGAUCCUAACAAGACAUGGCAAAAUAAUGUGAAUUAAACAGAAAUAAUUGUGUUGUUUAUUCUUAACGUCCAUGACAAAUUCAAAUAAAAUCUGUGACCCAUGGUAUGAUUAAUUCGUUUUUAUUUACGCUAAAAAAUCCAAUUAAAGGUAAUUUUGUAAUUUCAAAGUUUUGCAUUGUAUCUACAUUAUAUCUUGCUAUAUUCUUAUUUCAGGAGAUUUGGACUAUAUUUGGACAUAGUGUGUGUGUCUGUAUCUCAGUGUAGUGGGCAUGAGUGAAAUAAAUUUUUCAGAACAGCCUAAAGCUAACUGGCACUCAUCAUACAUAAUGCACGACGGUUCAUCAUGUUGCCCAUCUGUUUAAAAUCUGCUAAUCCAUUUUCUUCCAUCAGCGAGGAUGAAACCUACUGUACUGUAGUGACCACGGUGACCUCAGGUUUCACACUUCACGCCGUCUCCUGCCACGCCUCCUCGUCACUGUGCAUGCUAAGUGAUUCUUUUCUAUCCCUACGUAGUCUUUUAGAAUGUACAUUUCAUCCUGAAUUGUCAGGUAGUAAUAGAAAGUAUGUAAAAAAUGUUUGAAUUUUGAAUUUGUUACAGAGAUUUUUGAUUAUCAGGUGACACGACCAAUGAUGGAACCAUUGGAGUCAGUGAUGGGUUCAAAGACGGCUCAGGUCUGAGGAGAACUUAGACAAUGUCUAACAUGUGGACAGUGAGUGAGUGUCAUCGCAGAUUCUGGCGAGCAGCGUGCCAGGUCUGAGAUAGUGUAUUUGGCCCAAAUGCCUGGCAACUUGGGGGAACUUGGAAAGAUGGCUGAUGGCCGUUUAUAUUGAGGUCUUGUCAUAAGAAUAUGUGAAAAAUUAAACUUAAAGAUGGCAGACGGUUAGAAUUAACAUUAAUUAACAUUAAUACAUUAGUAAUAAUUUUAUAAUAUACAAAAUGUUUUGAUUUUGUGAUAUAUCGUCAUCCUUGCUCGUGCGAUACGAUACAUUAAAGUUUUUGUUUUCUUCAGUUAGACAGAUAUCGUGACGUAUCGCCGUAUGAUUGUCUCACAAUAUAUCGAUUUUGACAGAAUCGUCGUGUCGUGAUAUUAGUAUCGUGGACCAUGUAUCAUGUAUCGUAUCGUUUUGUCAGGUGUCAAAGAUGUAGUUCAUUAAUCCUUUUUUCCCACAUAUACGUAACUUAUCCUGAUUUUCACUGAACUUUUGUAUCGUGAUAUUAUUGGUAUCGUGGCUCAUGUAUCGUAUCGUGAGGUAACCCGUGAUUCCCACCCAUAUUACAAUGUGAGACUGUAACUAACUAACAAUAAUUUACUGUAAGACAUUUUCAUGCAGAACAUUUUGUUACCGUAUUUCUGAAAUAUAAUAAAUUAUAUAUAAGUGUAAUUUAGAUAAACACCGGGGUGAUACUCAGUAGAGGUGAUACCACUAAAUGUUCUCCUGACUCCUCUGUACGUCAGAUUCCCUGUAACUGGCCACUGAGUCAUUUUCUCCAUAAUAAUAAUAAUAAUAAUAAUGUUUCCAAGCCUUGUCACGGCAGCAAAGUGUCAAAGCGGGUCCAGCACUGUCAUGAAUAAGGUAUUUAUCAUGACAGAUCAAAUCUUUACAAUGUCAUUUCAGAGGUACAGUAAAUAUUGGACUAUAGCCCAUUUGCUUAUAAAUCAAACCCAGGGUGAGUUACUGUUAUUGAAUACACAACACUAACUUUUAACCAUACAAUGAAUCCGUUGUACUAUAGUAAUUAAAACUCAUUCAUCUUUCAUAUAUGGUAUUUUUUAAGAAUAGUUUGUGUUUAAAUGCACUUUGUCAUGGAGUUAUUUAACAUUUUUGAAUUAUUACUUCUUCCACCACUGCUUGAUGCAGCAUUUCCACUGCCUUUGUGUCCUGGAGCACUUUUUAUCAUGACAAGUCACAUUUUUUUGCAUUAAAAAAUGCAUAAAGUUACUUUUAAAACUGAUGAUAAUGCUUUUAUACUUCUUUUUCCCUCAGGAUCUCUUCUCACCUCCUCCCCAUGGAAGAAGAAUCCAAAGUACCAAAUGAUCAAAGUUAUUGAAGCAUGUGCACAUGUGUCCAAAUUAAAAAAAGAAAUCUGUCAUUUUUAAACGUGAAGUAUUUAAUCAUGAUUAAUCACGUUCCCCCUCUUGUACUGGAUGCUUGUUCUGGCCUGUCUGUUGUAAUCGUGUGUUCUUAAACAUUUGCAUAGUGACGAGUCGUGUUUACUUUAUAUGUAAUGAUUACAUUGUGGGGGAUUCUGGGCCCCAGAUGACUCAAAAAGUAUCUGCAAGUGAGCUUCUCUGAAUCUGGAAGGAGCUACAAAAACGGAGAGAGUAAGUUUUCUGAUGUCACUUACUGCACUCGUUUUAUUUGCUUUGCAGAUCUUGUCCACGUCAUAUUUGAACCCUCCGUGUUUCUUCUUCCCUGUUUCCUAGCAAUGAAAGCCUGGGCUGCUCUGUCUUUCCUCUGGUUGGCAUGUUUGUGCCCCGUGUCUCUGUCCUGCCCGGCUCUAUGCAAGUGCUACUCCAGAAGAGCUGAGGUGGUGUGCAACGAGGUUCCUCUGCCGGAGUUUCCCUCCGAGGGUCUCCCACUGAACACCACCAUGCUGACCAUCCAGUUCACAAACAUCACGUCCAUCGCUGAAAGGCAUCUCAACGCCACACCCCUGCUGCAGGGGCUCCACGUGUACAGCAACCACCUGCAGCACCUUUCCUCCGACCUCCUCAGGGGCGUCCGUCACCUCAACACCGUGGACCUCACGGGAAACAAAAUCUCUGACCUGCCUGCGGACGUCUUCAGCCACGCCCCGCUCCACAGCCUGGUGCUGAAGAAUAACCUGAUUGAGAAAGUGGACGCCGAGUGGCUGCCUGACAACAGCAGUCUCACGUGGCUGGACUUGUCUGGAAACCAUAUACGAAAGGCCCCCGCUGCUUUGCUCCAGAGGCUGCCACUCCUUGAGAAUCUUGACCUGUCCAACAACCACAUGGAGGCGAUCCCCGCCAACUCCUUCAAUCGGCUGAGCAAACUGGAGAGGCUGAACCUGCAGGACAACAAGCUGGACGCCCUGCAUGCGUCCGUGUUCCAGAGCACCCGCAACCUCACCUAUCUGUUCCUGUCCCGCAACAAGCUCAGCAAACUCCCGCAAAACCUUUUCCAGCAGCUGAGCGAGCUCAGAGCCCUGACGCUGGACGACAACCAGCUGAGUCACGUCCCGCCAGGUUCGCUGGACCGGCUGACCUCCCUGGACGACGAGGGACUGGACCUGACCUCCAACCCCUGGCUGUGCGACGGGAAGGUGGAGUAUCUGUGGAGGUGGCUUCAGAAGAACAGCAAGAAGGCUUUCCUGCCAGAGACCAUAACGUGUGCCAAACCUCAGGCCUUAUCAGGACGCUCGGUAAUGUCACUGACUGAAAGUGAACUCAAUCUUCAGUCCUAACAUCCUUAUUUGAUUGUUCCUUGAUAUGGUCAAUAAAAAAAAUGGUGAGUGAAGUACACAAGAAUGUGUCUUUUUUUUGUUAUUGUGAAAAGAUCACACUAUUCUACAUGUAAUACAUGUGAGUAUAACGUUAACUUAGCGUUGAGACGUUGACACAUUUCAUAAACUUUAUGAAUAUGAACCAGUGAAGUGUUUGAACAGUGAGUUGUCCAUCAGUGUGCGUACAAAAGUGAAAUAAAUUGAAUUUGGAAAUUG